UUACAUACUUUGUAUGUUCAAAAUUAUAGUUCUUGUAAUACAUGUCAUGAGCAUCCUCACUGAAGCCAAAAAUGACACUAGACGGGAGUAAUAACUCAUCUACUUACAUUUGUGUAUCCACUAAUACACAUGAAAACAAACUCCAUCUGUCAUGGAGACUUAGGACAAAACUAUAUGGUGGUGAUGUUAUGAUCGGAGAAGAGGUGGUGUAUGUUGCAGUUCUGUUGGGCUUGUCAGAUACACGGUUGUUGGCUGCUAUUGCUCGGCGUGCUGGUUAGUGCAGAAAAGCAAAGAGAACCUGAAAACGCCAACACAACGCAAACCAAACAUCCAUAGCUAAGCACAGACAAAAACCACCUCAAGCAGACUGCAAACCGCGUAGGAGCACCGUGGAAGCGCAAAGGAAACAGAGGGACCAAAACGGAAACCGUUGAAGCGCCUCCGCGGCCUCCUCCGCCCUUUAUAAACUGCGCCAAUCUAGGCCACGCAAACUCCAGCACCACCUUCUUCCUCCUCCCCUCCCAUCCCAGCAAGUGAAAAGUGAAUGGAGGACUACUACUACUUACCCAACUCAUGGGGGACAGCAGGCGGCUACGUCGAGCCGGCGGGCUUCCCAGGCCACCACACGGUGCCUCGCAACCCAAGCUCGCCGCCGCCGCAGAGGACACGCCGUGCGUCCCGCGGCAACGCUGACGCCGCCGGAGAGCUCCACCACCACUACCUCGACGCCUGCUUCCGGUGCGGGCGGCAUCUUGGCGGGAACAAGGACAUCUUCAUGUACAGGGGCGACACCCCGUUCUGCAGCGACGAGUGCCGGCAGCACCAGAUCGAGGCCGACGAGGCGAGGGAGAGGAGGUCCCGGCAGCAGCCCGCUGCGGCGACGAAGCGGGAGCGGGAGAGAAGCAGCCCGCAGAGGAUUCCCCUCUGGGCGCGGUGAUCGGUCGAGGCAGCGUCGUCGUCGAAAACACUACGACGACGACGACGACGACGACAUGUGUUCUUCAGAGUUAAUCAUUGCGCAUGAAUCGAACUGCAUGAUUCGCGCAUGUCUUGAUCGACGCCUCAAGCUCCUUUGUAGGGUUCGCAUGCAUGUGGCCUCCAGCUCCAGCUAUAGCUUGCUGUUUGCCAGCGAACAAGAGGGAGGAGCAGCGUGAGCGGUUGAGGCCCAGGGGCCGGAGACGGAGUCCCUGUUGUGCCGGAGAAAGAACAGAUCCAGUCUGCCGGUUUUUUGUGCGGGUUACCGCAGUAGUACAGCUUUUUUGUUCGGUUGCUCGGCCAUGGACUCCACCAUUAAUUCCGGUACCCACUAUAUAUAUGAUGAACAAAUUCCAAAAAAAAAAGUACGAGCUGUGGUUUUAACAAA